AUGGACCCGCUGAAGUAUAUCUUCCAGAAGGCGAUGCCGACUGGAAAAUUAGCUAAGUGGCAAAUGUUGUUGAGUGAGUUUGAUAUCGUGUAUGUAACUCAGAAGGCAAUAAAGACACAUGCCUUGGCUGAUCAUCUUGCUGAAAGUUGGAGAUUAUUCUUUGAUGGAGCGGCAAAUCAUCAAGGGAAACGUAUUGGGGAGGUCCUAGUGUCGGAAUCUGGUCAGCACUACCCCAUGGCGACUAAGCUCCAAUUUAAUUGCACGAACAACAUGGCCGAAUAUGAAGCUUGUAUCCUCGAUUUGAAAAUGGACAUUGACAGGAAUGUCCACGAGCUGUUGGUUAUUGGAGACUCAGAUUUGUUGAUUCAUCAGGUUCAGGGAGAAUGGGUCGUGAAGAACCCGAAGAUUAUACCUUACGUACUGUAUGUACAGAACUUGUGCAAAAGAUUUUGCAAGAUCGAGUUCAGACAUACUCGCAGAAUACAGAAUGAAUUGGCUGAUACUCUUUCCACCAUCGCUUCUAUGAUUAAACAUCCAUUUACUGAUUACAUUGAUCCUCUGGACAUAGAGCUGAAAGAACAUCUAGCCAUUGUUCACAUGUUGAGGCGGAACCAGACGAGUGGAGAAAUCCUGUAUAGGAGGACUCCAAAUUUGGGUCUUCUCAAAUGUGUCGAUGCUGUUGAAGAUGCAAAACUUAUUGAACAGAUACAUGCUGGAGUGUCACCUCAUGGUCAGUUGUAUCGACAGAGAAUGAUUCAUGCUUUUCACAAGAGAGUUUAUAGCUUUGCUUUGAUAUCAGCAAAUUCUUCUGAUCGACGAACAUGA